CGCGUCUUGCUUUUUUGAGAAGCCGUCGAAGAACUCAAAAAGUAAACAGUGCCAGUGCCUGUUUUUAACAUGGCCAUGCCCUCCACUUUCAAUACUGCUCGGCUGCACUUCUAAAAGUCACGAAAGCUCGCUCGCUCCAUCUCAAGCUUUUCUAAUGGCAAACAGUCUCAAGAGGCCGUUAAAAGUCUCAACCGGUCAUGAUGCUUCAUCACUUGGCAACAAGAGGCAAAGGGAAGCACAAGUACUUGACGGUCCUGAUAUCGUGUCUGAGAAAAUCAAGGCCAUUGAAGAUCUUCACGACAUGGGAACUCGCCAACUACGCGAACAAGCAAUCCUCCGAGGCCUUUCUUCAAGUGGGUCAAAGAAAGAACUACUAGACAGGCUCUGUGCAGAGUCAGAGAAAGAGUCAAAGAACGGUACACCUGAAGGCAAAGAAGAAGACGAAGAAAAAGAAACAAGCAACAAGGACGAGAAAGUUACUGCGAGUUUCAACAAGGUCACUGCCGAGCUGGAUCAGUAUCUGCCUGAUCAUUUAAAGACACAGUACCAUGUUCUAGAGCAUGGGGAUAGUAUCUAUGAUGCCACGUUGAAUCAAACAAAUGUUGGGAAUAAUAACAACAAGUUCUAUCUGAUUCAGGCUCUUGAAUCUAAUGACUCUAGCAAAUUCAUGGUAUACACUAGAUGGGGUAGAGUAGGAAUUAAAGGUCAAGACAAGUUGCAAGGCCCUUACACAUCAAGAGGCAGUGCUAUUCAGGAGUUCGAAGCAAAAUUUUUUGCCAAGACAAAGAACCGUUGGCCCAACCGGAAAGAUUUCAUAUGCCACCCAAAGUGCUAUACUUGGUUGGAAACAGACCAUGACAUGAACAAAGAGUCGUCAGAGGAGAACCCUAUUUUUACUGUUGAAAGGCAACUACAGGUUACAAGGCUUGAUCCUCGAAUUGCAAAUUUUAUCUCUCUUAUCUGUGAUGUUCGCAUGAUGAAGCAGCGGAUGAUGGAAUUAGGGUACAAUGCAGAAAAGUUACCCCUUGGUAAGCUGAGCAAGUCGACAAUCUUAAAGGGCUAUGAUGUCUUGAGGAGAAUAUGUGAGAAUAUUGGCAAAUCUGAUACAGAAAAGCUUGAGGAGUUAAGUGGGGAAUUCUACACAAUAAUACCUCAUGACUUUGGUUUUAAUAAGAUGCGUGAAUUUACCAUUGACAACCAUUACAAACUGAAAUGCAAGCUGGAAAUGGUUGAAGCUCUAGGGGAAAUUGAAAUAGCUACAUCAUUGAUCAAGGAUGAUAUCUACACCCAAGUAUUGAUUUCUGAUUGUUUACUCACUUUCAUCGUCAAAUUGUGCUACUUGCUGCUUUUCAGUAGUUAUCUGAUUUUCUGUUCUGACUUAAUUUUCAAGAAAGAUCCGCUCUAUUCGAAAUAUCACUGCCUUCGUUGUGAAUUGGUACCACUUGAUGUUGUUUCCAAGGAAUUCUCUAUGAUUGAAAAAUACAUACGUAACACUGGUGAUGAAACACAUUAUAGAAUCGACAUUGUUCAAAUAUUUAGAGCUUCAAGAGAAGGUGAAAAUGAACGGUUCAAAAAGUUCUCUCAAACAAAAAACAGAAUGCUUUUGUGGCAUGGUUCUCGGCUGACAAACUGGACCGGUAUUUUGUCUGAAGGUUUACGUAUUGCUCCUCCAGAAGCACCAUCAACUCAUUCUCUUGGGAACGGGCUUUAUUUUGGUGAUAUGUUUUCCAAAAGUGCACCUUAUUGCCAUGCUAACUGGAUAAACUCAGAUGCUGUGCUAGUUUUGUGUGAGGUUGCACUGGGUGACAUGCUUGAUUAUGGAUCUUUUAACUGCCAUGAUAAGUUGCCAAAGGGAAAGCUAAGUGUAAAAGUAGCUGGAGGAACUGUCCCGGACUCUUCACAGGCUCAGGUUCUUGAAGACGGUGUUCUUGUUCCACUCGGAAAGCCAGUAGAGCUGCCUUAUUCCCAGGGUAUGUGGCCGAGAAAUGAGUACAUAAUUCUUGACGUGGAUCAGAUUCGAAUACGUUAUGUGGUUCAUGCAAAGUUCUGCUAUCAAACCUGUUGAAUCUCAUUGAAGAUUCUCACUGGUGUAGCCUUUACUCUUUGAGAAAAUAUAUGAUGUGUACCCAUUAGUUGUUGGAACGCAAGGAACCUCUGUGUGCUUGUAACACCAUCUGUUUCAAACUUUCUACUAUCAAUGGACGUGCAUAUUUGGAUU